UGGGGCUUGCUUAGCGUCUAGAGGCUCUGGGACCGACUAGCCUGCGGGAUAGGGAGCUGGAAAGUGCAGGAGGACACAGCAGGGCGCUGGUGUCCUCUGGGGUGGGAGGCGCCAAGCGAGCACUUUCCCAGCCCCCGAGGGAGGCAGUCCGCGGCCAGCCUCGCCCUGGGCAUUCUUUGGGGCCACUUAAACGGGUGCAGACUUCCGAAUCUGUGUCUCAGGAUCCCUCCAGAAAGGCCGACUCCAGGGCAGGUGCCCGUCCUGCGAAGUGAGGCUGCAGCCCCAGAGAGGGACCCCCGUGGAGCUGGGGUCACGCUGUCCUGCCCUGUGGCCCCCAUGCUCCUGCCGUGGCUAACUGGACUAGGGGCCGGAGUGAUCUUCCUGCACCUCCUGCAGAAACUUUUCUUCCCUUACUUCUGGGACGAUUUCUGGUUCCUGCUGAAGGUGGUACGCUAUGGGAUUCAAACGGAGAUGGGCAAACGCAGAGGGCACCUGGACACCGUGCUGGAGAAAUUCCUGAGGCACGCAGAGAGGCAACCCAGGAAAGCGUUCCUCAUCCACGAGGGAGACACCUACACCUAUCAGGACGUGGACAGAAGGAGUAACCGCGUGGCUCACGUCUUCCUGAGCCACUCCUCGCUGAGAAAGGGGGACGUUGUGGCUUUGCUGAUGAACAACGAGCCCGACUUUGUGCACGUGUGGUUUGGCUUGGCGAAGCUGGGCUGCGUGGUGGCCUUCCUCAACUCCAACGUGCGCUCCAACUGCCUCCUGCACUGCGUCCGCACCUGCCAGCCCAGGGCCCUCGUGGUGGGCGCAGAUUUGCUCGGAACUCUAGAAGAAAUCCUUGCCAGCCUCCCUGCAGAUGUCAGUGUUUGGGGAUUAGAAGAUUCUGUUCCACCAGGUGUAAUUUCGCUCAAACAAAAACUGAGCGCGUCAUCCGAGGAGCCGGUGCCGCGCAGCCGUCACGCUGUGGCAAGCCUCAAGUCCACUUGUCUGUAUAUUUUUACCUCCGGAACCACAGGUCUACCAAAAGCAGCUGUGAUUAGUCAGUUGCAAGUUUUAAAGGGUUCUGCUGGACUGUGGGCUUUUGGCUGUACUGCUGAUGACAUUGUUUAUAUCACCCUUCCUCUGUAUCAUAGCUCAGGAGCUCUUCUUGGAAUUGGUGGAUGUGUUGCAUUGGGUGCCACUUGUGUGCUAAAGAAAAAAUUCUCAGCAAGUCAAUUUUGGAAUGAUUGCAAGAAAUACAAUGUGACAGUGUUUCAGUACAUUGGAGAACUUUGUCGCUACCUUUGCAGACAACCAAAGAGAGAAGGAGAAAAACAUCACCAGGUGCGUUUGGCAGUUGGAAAUGGUUUACGAAGUGAUGUAUGGAGACAAUUUUUAGACAGAUUUGGAAAUAUUAAGAUGUGUGAAUUUUAUGGAGCUACUGAAGGAAACAUUUGUUUCAUGAACCACACUGGGAACAUUGGGUCAGUCGGGAGAACAAAUUUCUUUUACAAACUUUUUUUCAAUUUUGAAUUGAUAAAGUAUGAUUUUCAGAAAGAUGAACCCAUGAGAAGUGAACAAGACUGGUGUAGUCGUGUGAAUAAAGGGGAACCUGGACUUCUCAUUUCUCGGGUGAAUACAAAGAAUCCCUUCUUUGGUUAUGCUGGGUCUUAUAGGCACACAAAGAACAAAUUGCUUUUUGAUGUUUUUAAGAAGGGAGAUGUUUACUUUAACACAGGAGACUUAAUGGUCCAAGAUCAGGAGAAUUUCCUUUAUUUUUGGGACCGUAUUGGAGACACAUUCAGGUGGAAAGGAGAAAAUGUGGCAACCACAGAGGUUGCUGAUGUUAUUGGGAUGUUGGAUUUCAUACAGGAAAUAAAUGUCUAUGGAGUGGCUGUGUCAGGUUAUGAAGGAAAAGCAGGAAUGGCUUCCAUUAUUCUAAAACCAAAUAAGUCUUUAAACUUAGAAAAAGUUUAUGAACAAGUUGUAACAUCUCUACCAUCUUAUGCCUGCCCACGAUUUUUAAGAAUUCAGGAAAAAAUGGAAACAACAGGGACAUUUAAACCACAGAAGUUUCAGUUGGUGGAAGAAGGAUUUAAUCCAAUCAAAAUUUCUGAUCCACUUUACUUUAUGGAUAACGUGGAAAAAUCUUAUGUGCCUUUGACCCAAGAACUUUAUGAGCAGAUAAUUUUAGGGGAGAUAAAACUUUAAUAUUUUUGUAGAUACAGUAUUUUCAUUUGAAUUCCUAAGAAGAAUGAGAGGAAAAGACACAUGCUAUUUGACUUACAAUUGGGUAACCUCCCAAUAAACCCAUCACGAGUUGAAAAUGCCAUAAGAAAAAUGUGAUUUUGUGCACUUAAUGCAUCAAACAUCACAAC